GAAAUAUCCGUUCGGAAGCCAGUUUUUGCUGGUAAACCAAUCGCAUAGAUUCCAGCUCGACCCUAGUGAAGCAAGUCGUGCAUUUUCUCUUCGAAGGACCCACCAUGUUCCUUGUUCCUAUCUUUAGCUUUUCCCUUUACGUAAGUACGUAUAGCAUUGGAAGCGGGUGAAUGCGGACUGAGUGCUUGGGACCUCAAGGCUUGGGUACAGAGUCCUGCAGUCGUAAUCCAAAUCUGGGCCGAGGAACUGGCCAUGGAACCUCGGAGGAAUGAAAGCUCCAUUUCUUUGGUUUAUCCAACCAGAUGACGACUUGUCCCGUCGUAGCCAAGUGUCCAAGAUUUUUCUCGAGUCCUCCGUUAUGAAGAACGUCCCACCUCCAAUAGUGAUGAAUCCCGAAUUCUAGAACUCUCUCUGUGGCUUGAUUUGGUAUGUGAGUCAAUAUGAGAGCGAGAGAGAGAGACCUUCAAUGCUUCGAGCUGGCGCUCCACGUGCUUCGAGAGCGAAGCGGUUCCUUCUUGAAUCGUUGGAUCCCCUUUUCACGGUCCAAUCAGUGGUGAAAAAAACCUCAAGCAAGGAGAUGACUAGUUGAACACGGAAAUGCAAAGAGUGACAAACUCCAUUGACAUUCAUUCAUAUCCACACGGUUUCGACAGCAUUGAACAUGGGAAUCUGUUUGGACACGGAGGCCAAGCCUCUUUAUGGCCACGCUGAGACCUUCCAAUCGGCCCAACUGAGAAGUGAUCGCGUCUUUGUGGAACAAAAUGGAGCCGUCAAAAGGAACGGUCACUUGGCACAUAACGGAAUGUCCCAUGGAUCCCACCAUGAGCUCAUUCGGACGCCCGUCAUAUUUGUUCUGGGCGGGCCUGGAUCGGGAAAAAUAAGCCAUUCCGAACGACUGGCGAGGCAGAGGAAAGGCUUUGUGCAUAUUAACGUGAUUGAAAUUCUUCUACAGCAUCUCGAAGGUUCAGAUCUCCGUGAUGUGAGCUUGAUUCCAACGAGUGCGGUCACCAAAGAGCUCAUGGGAGCCAUGAAAAGUAGAUCCAACAUGAAAGGCUUCAUUAUUUCCGGAUAUCCGCGGAAUAUGAGGGACGUAGCGGAUUAUUUGGAAAGGGUGGGUCGUUGCGAUGGGGUGAUCUUGAUCAAUUGGCAGGACGAUACCUUGAGCCAACAAAUCGAGUAUGGAUCGCAAAUCGGAGAGAUUAGUUUGGAACAAGCCAAGUUGGAACUGAGCAACUUCCGGAAACACGUCAUUCCCGUGGCAGAAUACUUUGAUUACAAGCAGCUUUUGUAUGUGAUUCAAGGCGAGCGACAUCCAGACAAUAUCUUUGCCGAUUAUGUCGAGGCCUUUGAGCGCAUCCUCGAAUCCGAGGCUAUCCUCAGCCGUCCUAGGCCUCAGUCCUCUGGCUCAUAUCAGGAUUAUAAACACGUCAACGAUGAGGAAAACUCUUUUUCCCGCNGGGAGCUUACCCGAUCUUCUCUCCAAAUGAGAAGAGGUUCUUGUUACGUCGAACCUCCUAUUCAAGGCGAGCGACAUCCAGACAAUAUCUUUGCCGAUUAUGUCGAGGCCUUUGAGCGCAUCCUCGAAUCCGAGGCUAUCCUCAGCCGUCCUAGGCCUCAGUCCUCUGGCUCAUAUCAGGAUUAUAAACACGUCAACGAUGAGGAAAACUCUUUUUCCCGCCAGUAUCAAUCCGCCACUUACCAAGGAUUGUCAUCCAUGACCAUCAACACCCAAGUCCCGAGUCUCAAUGGAGGCCAGCCUUUCGUGAUUUGGAUCAAUGGUGGUCCUGGGAGCUGCAAAGCCGAACGAAUGGACGAAAUCGCAUUACUUUAUCCGGCAUGGCGGAUCAUCAGCACCGGGUCCUUACUCUGGAAAUACCUGCAGGAACAGGAUCCGAGGAAUGAUGCGCCCGCCAACUACAUUUCGGCCGUGGUCCAACGAUCGGAUGAUCACAUCACCUCAAGCAUGAUUUACAAUGUUAUGAGCAAAGGGGAGAUGGUACCACAGGGCAUCAUUAUUGACCUCGUUUUGGAUGCCAUGGCUCAAUUCCGUCACUCGGACGUCGAAGGUUUCUUCAUCACCGGUUUCCCUCGGGACAUUGUCCAAGCCCAAGGAUUCGAAGAAAGGACUGGUCUCAAGCCACCCUGUAUACUCAUCGACUGCUCGGAACUGGAAUUGGGACGCAAUCUUGGGCAACGACAUGGCAGGAUUGAUGACAAUGUCGAAGCCUAUCGACGACGACUCGAAUUGUAUCGGGAGCUCACUUUGCCCAUGCUCAAGACCUUUGAUGAGCAAAAUCGAUUGAAAAUUAUUGAUGGGGACUCGGAUAGUGUUCAAGUGGUCAAAGAGCUUCGUCGGUGUCUUCAUCGUGAAAUCGGAUCUCUUCGACGGGAACGAGCAGUCGAUUCGAUUGACGAACAAGAUCAAGAUGAACGGGAGAGUGAGCCCGAGGAGAUGACUAGUGCACCCAGCACCGUGGAUAUUCAAGCGGUCCAAGAUGUUGAAACCAUUUCAUUAAUGAGUAGGGAACCCGCCCUGAAUGGUCUUGACCCGGUGGCCAAUGGGACCACCAAACGGAUCGUUCGCCAUUACGAAGGGAUCAACCCGGAGGUUGAAGCCGAGCUCAAGAAAGUCAUUGAAGAGUUGGAGGCCAAAGGCGGCGAGAAUCUGAUUGUUAACCAUUGAAUUAUGUCUGGUCAAUGAGUUGCAUGCACCUCUUGGGUUUGUGUCAAUAAAACGAACAACUGGUUACGACACCUCGGAUUUCUCGGCUUGGCUGAGAGGUCAGGUGGUCUUUAGUGGAAAGCCGUGUC